AUGAAGGGCUUGGUUGGUACGAGGGCGGAAUCUAACCAUCGACUGAUGUGGGCACAGCGAACCUCUUACCGACUGCGCUACACCCACCCCAAACAAGAAACUCAAAAAUGCAUUGGCCGAAUGUACCAUUCGUGCUGUAACAACGACAGCACACCAGCCCAAUAUCCUAAGAACUACUCAUACAAAAACAUUGUUAACAGUCUUCUGGAAAAGAAUCCGCAAAAAGAAGGUCAACAAGGUAAACAGGAAGCGAGCUCUAGUGGCAUGACUGUCACUAAUUCUAAUCCAAGUAGAAGCGUCUCAUCCGGAUAUCCACCAAAAGUGAGCCCAAGCUUCACUCUGAAUCCAGGAGAUGUCAAAAUGAUUCAUCAUCUACGUAGUGGUGGUAAACUCGUCGUGCAAAGGAAGAAAAAUGGUGACGUCGCCUAUGCACUGAGCUGCCCUGAUGGUCGCAAAGUAUUUCUGGAAAAAACUAAGGAGAAUGCCGUCUUGUCACUCACUGACAGCGCAGGACACUCGAUCAAAACACUUGCUUGUGAAUUUUAA